ACGACGCAGCUCCGGCGGGAGCCGGGGAACGAUUUCUGCCAGCGGGACGCCGGGGAGCCGCCCGCCGCGGCGCGGAGCCUUGGAGGAGCGGGCCGGGAACUGAGGGGGGCGGAGGAGGCGGAGGCGAGCGGGGCGCCGAUGGAGCGGGCGCUGGGGCUGCCCGCAGAAGAGGACCUCUUCCACAAGAGCCUCGCCGCCUCGGCCAAGCGCAUGGAGUCCGCCUUCCGCUCGCCCCCGGGGCUCGACCUUUCCCACCCCCGCGACCGCCAGCCCUCGCCGCUCGCCUGCUACGAGGCGUCGGAGCCCGAGGCGCUGCUGCAGCCCGGAGUCGGCGGCGACCCGCUGGCGCUGCCGCCGGGCUCCGUCUGCGUCAAGUACGGCGAGAGCGCCAGCCGCAGCUCGGUGGCCGAGAGCAGCGGCGGCGAGCAGAGCCCCGACGACGACAGCGACGGCCGCUGCGAGCUGGUGCUGCGCGGCGCCGGGGGGGACCCGCGCGUGGCCUCGCCGGCGGCGGGCGGCGGCGGAGGGGGGGGCGGGGGGCUGAAGGCGGCCGAGGGCAGCUGCUCCAACAGCCACGGGCACGGCGGCAGCAAGAAGUCCAAGGAGCAGAAGGCGCUGCGGCUCAACAUCAACGCGCGGGAGCGGCGGCGGAUGCACGACCUGAACGACGCGCUGGACGAGCUGCGGGCGGUCAUCCCCUACGCGCACAGUCCCUCGGUGCGGAAGCUCUCCAAGAUCGCCACGCUCCUCCUGGCCAAGAACUACAUCCUGAUGCAGGCGCAGGCCCUGGAGGAGAUGCGGCGCUUGGUGGCUUAUCUCAACCAGGGCCAGGCCAUCUCGGCCGCCUCCCUGCCCAGCUCCGCCGCGGCGGCGGCGGCAGCGGCGGCGGCGCUGCACCCCGCCCUCGGCGCCUACGAGCAGGCGGCCGGCUACCCCUUCAGCGCCGGGCUGCCCCCCGCCACCUCCUGCCCGGAGAAAUGUGCCAUCUUCAACAGCGUCUCCUCCAGCCUCUGCAAACAGUGCACGGAGAAGCCUUAAGCGCCGCCGCCGUGGCCGCCCCCCGCCGCCGCCGCGGCCCCGGGGAGCGGCGACAGCCGGCGGCGCGGUCCCGGGCCGGGGGGCGCGGAGGCGGCGGAGAGACUGACCGCUGCCCGGCCCUCGCCGCCCUCUGCCCGGACUCGCCU